GGCGAGGCCAUCAGCAGGCCCCCACUACAGGCGCAUGAAAAUAGAAAAUGGCCGACCGAUUUGACCAGGAUCCCCUUAAGACGUUUUUUACUCGGCCGAGGACGUGGUAAGCAGCCUCUGCACGAUUCGGUCUUUAAAUAUGAGUUCUCCCAUGAUGCCGGCCGUCGGUUCUCUGCACGUCGGAACGAAGUCUAUCACCUGAGAUUUACACGACCAGGAACAAAAGCCGAAUCAAAAUGCUCCUCUCAACUCUACUUACCUCUUUGGUCGCCGCAGGUAGCGCUCGCGCUGCCGUCAUGCAAGGGUCUUGGUCCGUUCGCGCCGACUUCUCACGCUGCGACGGCAGAUUCCCGCUCGAGGUCGUACUCGAUAAACAUUCCGAUGGCGCAUUGGCCGAGUCCAUGCCGACCCCCAACAUCACCGACUUCCGAAUCCCGGUGCCCUUUGAAGGUACUCUGGUGGUCAAGCCGGCCGGGGCGGCAGGCUUGGGCUCGCCUUACCCGCCGCAGCAGGUCACCGUCGAGAUUCUCGACCACGCGACGGGAGAUCCCGCCAUCUGGGCCAACGCCACGGUGAAUGCCGGGUUCGGACAGCGCGGUUUAAUCGAGCAGAUCGGCUGGAGCACAGGAGGCCGCGUCCGGGUUGGGCGCGAUGAGGAAAGGGAUGUUUCGAUCGCGACCACAGUAAACGGAGGCACCCUACUUGUUUACUACUGCGGCGCCCCUAAUGCAACAGCAACUGCCCUCAGGUGAAAUCGAGGGAGUUAUACUGGUGAUGUGUAACACGAAAAGUAAUAGGAGCAGUCAAAUUGGGAUAAGAAAAACAGAAAAGAAAGAAACGGGUUAGAUAUGUUUGCCUGGGUCUCGGUCGGGCGUCCUCUGAGCAUGGAAUGGCUCUACUUACUGUAUCGAUACCCUGUCUAUAGAAAGGGUACAGUCGGAAUUACUUUCGUCAUGAUUAAUUCAAAUGCGAUGUACUUCUACUAUUGUUCCCCGAUAGGCGUUCUAAUGUCAUUGGAUGUCGAAGCCUGUCAGUUUCGGAAGGUUGGCAAGACGUGACCGCAUCGGGUCCGCCCCGUCUGGCCGGGGGUACGUCACGAUAGGACCCCGCACCCGACGGCCGAUAAGGUAUCUUCAACGCCGGAAGCCGUGCG